AUGAGAGAGGUGCUGAGAGAGAAGGAAUCAGAGAAGCUACUACUUGAAGGUAGGCAAAUUAUUCUUCAAGCGUUCUCUUUGGAUCAGUGUAACUCUGAAAAUAUUCUCUGGUGGGCUUUGCGGAAAGUGGAAGAAAGGUACGUCUACGGGUCGAAGGAAUUUGCACGUAUAGCAUAUGGGAUGAGAAUCAAUGAUAUGAGAGGAAGAAAUGUAUCAGACGGCAAAUAUGGCGACAGAGCAGCGUAUGGCUUGGGUUUAAUUCAUGGAAAGGUAUCAGAAUUGGAUCCGAACUGA